AUGUGGAAAGGAAGAUCCAUAGGAAAUUUUGACUGCAAAUACUUGACUAGAACUGGUGUCGAACAAAGUUCCAAUGUCGAGGAAUUUGGACAUAUGGCUAGUGUUACGAUUGAUGCAAGGAAUUUAUCUGGCGAUGGCUCAAACGGACUCAAGAGACACAUCUUAAUUCACCAGCAGUCAGAGACAGGAUUUCUGCUUCUUCAAGUAGAGGUAUCUGUUUGCAUACAAGUUUUAGAUCUCAUGCUUAAAGGCUCUGCUUCAGCUGUGGUGCAGGAUCUUCAAGUAGAAAUGAUCGCGGUAAGACAAAUCAAAGUUGCAAGAGUUCGAGUGAAUCCAGCUUGGGAAGAGCACAACAAAAUGCAUGGGAAGGUCCCUCAAAUUGGGUGCAAUUUGGUGAUGCAGUGUUUCAGUGCUCCUCCAAUUUUUGAUGUUAGGAAUUCUGUUAGAUCACAACAAUAUGGAGUUCUGUAUAGUAUACCCAAUAUUGGCAGGUUUUCCAGCCAUAGGCAGCCAUAUGGGUUUCACAAUCCUUUUGAUGGCCUACAAACUUCUCUCUUGCUUGGUGCUAUUAGGAGUGAAAGUCACAUUUGGGAGACACGAUUGGGACUGUAUGAUAGAAUUCUGAUCAGUGGAAUAGAGAGCGAGACGGAUGCGGUCAUGUUCACAGGGCAAAGCUAUAAUGUCAGAAUGGAGUUGCCUUCUACAGUCCAAAAUGAGUAUAAUUCAGUUCAUGCACCACCAGAUGAAGAGGCUACACAUGACCUUUCAAAGAUGUUAACGGUCCAUGAUGCUCGUUAUCGGAAAGUUUACUUCUCUAAGAUUGAUGUUUCCGCAGAUUUCACUGAUCCACAAUUAUAUGAUCAGUGCUUGACUCUAAUGGAUAUGGAACCAAAUAAACUGCCAAUGAAGAUUCCUCUGAGGCUCUGA